CAAACGUCAAGCUGAGCUCAGAAGUGUCGAAAGCUAAUUCUGAGGUACGAUAUCAGGGAAGACAUGCCAGGCUCGGCCAAGAUGGAUGUGAAUUUCCAACCUUCAUAAAAUUGCAUAUUAUCGGUCAGAUUCACUUUGUACAUAGCAAUGGCCCUCACAGCCCUCUCCCGCCAUGCCCGCCGCGUACCUCCAACGCCAAAGCUCUACCUCAAAACAGCACCAACCCUCCAAAAGAGACCGUUCACCCAGACCCUCCUUGAGCGUCCCGUACAAAUCUACCGCUCCACCGCCACAGAUCCCUACCUGAACCUCUCCAUUGAGCAUUGCCUGCUCCAACGCUCCCAUCCAGACUCAACCGUCCUCUUCUUGUAUGCCAACCGGCCCUGCGUAGUUAUCGGCCGCAACCAAAACCCCUGGCUGGAAGUUAAUCUGCACCUGUUACGCGAGGAGCAAAAUGCCAGCAGCAGCAGCAACAGCACCCCAAUCGCCCUCGUGCGCCGGCGCUCAGGCGGCGGCGCCGUCUUCCACGACCAAGGCAACAUCAACUGGUCCGUCAUCUGCCCGCCGGCAACGUUUGACCGGGACAAGCACGCGGCCAUGGUGGUGCGGGCGCUGGCCCGGCUCGGGGUGGGCGGCGGGGUGCGGGUGAACGGGCGGCACGACAUAGUCAUGGACGUCUCUGAGGGUAACGGUACGGAAACGACGACGUUCAAGGUGUCCGGGUCGGCUUACAAGCUGACCCGCACCCGGUCGCUGCACCACGGCACCUGUCUGCUUUCGAGCGAGCACCUGGGGAGCAUUUCACGAGUGUUGAGGUCGCCUGCUGAGAGGUUUAUUAAGGCUAGAGGGGUGGAGAGUGUGCGGAGCCGGAUUAGGAAUGUGGGCGUUGGGUCGGCGGAGUUUGUGGAUGCUGUUGUUGGGGAGUUUGCGGGCAUGUAUGGUGCCGGGGAGUGGAAAGGGGUGACGGUGGGGGAAAAAGAGGCGUUCGAGGUGGAAGAGGUGGUCAAGGGGAUGAAGGAGCUUACGUCCCCUGAAUGGAUAUUUGGCCAGACGCCUCACUUCACCUUCUCGACGCACCCGACUGAGGAGGACCCGCGGGAACGCCCUGAACUGCCGGAUUGGUUGCCACACGGCUUCCGAGCCCAUUUUACCGUUCGUCACGGCGAGAUCCAAUCUGCCGCCGUCUCUGGGCUUGAAUAUCAAGAUUUCGUCGACGAAGCCAGCCAGGAUGCGCUGUUGAGCCAGGGCCUGGUCAAGAAGCGUCUUCACCAUAUCAAUGAUUGGACACAGACGCUCACAUCAGCCAGCCCAGUUCCCGUAGACGCAGGCAAGGUUGGGGAGUGGCUCAACUAUAUGUUCGGGAUCAAGGGGCCCCGUGAGGAGGGUGGAGGGGCCGGACAGUCUGCGGUAGAUGCUUUAGACGUAGCCGGCUCAUUACCCCAGGAGAUUCGUUAA